CUUCAAGAUUCUUUUCAGACUUAUAAUCAUCCUCAUACUAGUCUUCAUACUCCUUUGAAGUACUAUCCACAUUUACAAACUAAUCAAAACUUUAUAACAACAAAUUUUAGCCGCUUUUCACAAUCAUGAAGAUUUUAUUAGCGUUAAUCUAUAUAACUUCCUUCCUUGCCCUUUCACUAGCUAAUAAAGCUCCCAAGAUUAAGAAGAAUCCCAAGAACAUUGUUGCCAUUGCUGAUUUCCCAUUUGGCGGUAAUACUAACGUUCGUGGAAAUGUUGUGUUUACCGCUAAGCAGGGUUCGUUUGUAAAUGUUCAUGUUGAUAUGACUGGGUUGCCUGCUGAUGGAGGUCCUUUUUACUACCACAUUCAUGAGAUUUCUGUUCCUGGCGACGGUAAUUGUGAAGCAGUUGGUUUGCAUUUCAAUCCUUAUAAAGCUUCUCCCAAGUGCAGUGAACAGAAACACGAUGGUUAUUGUCAAGUUGGUGAUUUACUGGGAAAACAUGGGGUUAUUAACGCUACUUGCUUCGAAAUUUCUUAUGAAGAACCAUAUUUAUCCUUGAAUAAAAAGUCCAAGUCUUAUAUCAUUGGUAAAUCAUUGGUAUUCCACUACGCAAAUAUGACUAAGAUUGCUUGUGCUGAUAUUGCACUUGCCGAUGACAUAAGAUUACAAAGUCUUAUUGAAGAAUAUACACAAAGCUCAGAUUACCAACCAUUACAAGAAUUAAAGGAACCAGUUGAAGACGGAUACAAGUUUGAUGAAUUGGAAGCACUUGCCGCUGAAGUGUAUGAAGCUGAUCCAGAGUUGGUUUCGAAUGGGAGUCAUCAUGGACUUUCCCACAGAAGAAAGAGUGCUACUUUGUUCACUGGCGAUCUCUUGAAUACGACUAGCAAUUAUACCAACAUUUCUCAAAAUCAAUAUGGUCCUGGUUGUGAAGAAGUUCCUAAUGGCGGUAGCAUGUUGUAUAUACCCUUGUUUUUGGGUCUAUUUUCUUGGUUGUUCAUUUAGGGGAGAUGUUUUCUUGUUUGCAUUUAUUUAUUUUAUAACCUCUCACCAACGUGACGUAUUCUUCCGUUGGCAUUAAUUAGCAUUUACAAGAAUAUACAUUUAAAAUAAUCAUUACUAUUACAUGAUAAUCAAUCCAUUUUGUACUUUGUCUAACCCAAACAAUCUAAUGCAAUCAACCACUAUCGCUCUUUCCUCGGCCGUUAACUCUUUCCAUAUAAACGAAUCUGUUAUAUUUUCAUACAGAUAGAAGAUUUUGACUUGGAAGUUAUUAUCAAUAAUUCCAGUUUGAAGCCAGGUUAAAAUCUGGGUAAGUGGGAUGAUUCCUGGGGCAAUAAGAGGAAUAUUAUUUGGUUCAAAAGCACUAUGUGCUAUUUGAUACUUUCGUUUAAGCAACUCUCCGGCCAUUCUCGCUGCUUCUUUGAUGUCAGGGCUGUUGUAAAGUGAUUCAGCAAUGUUGAUUAGCGGACGUUGAAAAAAUGGACUUUCUGUGUAAUCUACAGGAUGACCAUCAUUAUCCAAUUCCAAUUCAUGGUUGACAUUCUCUUCUUUAUCGCCAAUGACAAACAAUCUGCCAUUAGCCAUGUAGGGUUUAACCAUAUCCAUAGGGAAAUACACUUCAUUACAUACAUCCAAAACUUCACCUCCAAAUUUAGCCUUGUAUUUCAUCUUGGUACAAUCGUCAAUGUAGUAACCCAAGUAGUAAUACCCUAGAUUUAAUUCAUGACACAUUUGUAUUUCCUUGAGUCCAGAAAGAGUGCCUAGUGAUAAGUGGGCAUAAUCUGGGUCCCAGACAAAGUAAAUUGACGAGACUCCAGUGGGUAAGAAAUCAAGUACUGAGAAUGCAAUUAAUUUGUCAUCAAGAUAAUAUAAUUCAUGAGUAGGACCGAUUCUUCUAUUAGGUGAAGUGGGAUUUUCUUGAUCAGGUUGCCAAUUCUUUACCCAGUUCUGGAGAAAUGCAAAUUGUUGUUCGUUUCCAGUAACUUCGCUCAUUGGGAAUGGAGAAUCACAUAAGAAUCGACGGAAAGACUUUUCUUCAACUUCUUCUGGCUUAUCUCCAUGCACACUAAUCUGAUACUUUUUAAAUAACUCAUAUUUUUCCUGCGAGAACCCCGAUGGUUCGAAUCUAGUUCUAAAUCUGGUUGAUUUCUGUUGUGCUUUAAUCAAUUUUGAGAAAUCAAAUGCAAUACCUUUCUUAGGCUCAUGAUUCGGUACCAUUUCCGGACAUAUCUCCUUGACGAAUCUAUUGAUGACCUUGCGAUGUUCCUUGGUUAAUUUCAAGUAGUCGAAUCGGGUCCGGAUAGUAUAUUGUCGACAACAAGUACGUAGCAAAUCAGGCUUGUACAAAAAUAUACCUGAUCUUCUGAAUCCCAUGUUUAUCAACUCAUCAUAAUCUUUGGAUGACAUAGAAAGUACUGAUGUGCCAAGAAUUACCGAUUGGGAAUGCGUGUUGCUAUCAUGGUGAUUCUUUACACUUUCAAGAGCAAAAUAAUCUGGUUUGCUGCCGUGACAGUAUCCACAGCGUCGUUCCAGAAGAUUUCUGGGAGUGUCCAUUACAAUAGGCAUUGUGUAUGCUUGAUGUAUCUGUGGGAUCUGGGU